AUGGAUAAAAGACUGUCUCCGGCCAGAGCGAAGAAAGUAAUCGACUUGCUCGGGGCUCGCCUUCGCAAGGAGAUUCGCAGCAUAUACGGAAAGGUUGAUGAUACGAUGGCCCAGUACAUGAUCAACGAGCUCCACAGCCAGAUGAUAGUUACAGUGCCCCACAACCGACUGUACAUGCCAUGGACGGCGAGCGACGAAGGAUUUUUGGCGAUGUAUAAAAGUGUCGGGAGACCGGCCAAAGAGAAGGGCGACAAGACCCGGAAUGCGGACGAUGCGGACAAUGUGGACAAUGUGGAAAUCAAGCGGGAAGACGCUCCGGGUGAAAUGGGCGAAACUAUCGCCUUUGCUGCUAAUAUGAGAAAGCGAAAGCAGUUGGCAACUCCAAUGAUGGAGCUAGAGGCACCGCGAAAGAGAAGACGGCCAAGAAGGAGUCUGGAGUCUGGACUGUUGGACCAGCCGGAAUGGAUAGCAGAACUGGCAGUGGAGCAAUUUCAGCACCGACUCAGUCAGACGGACACAGAUGUGACUAUCACAGAAAUUCCUCAGCACGGAGCUCGGCCUAUCGAGCAGGAAGGCGUCUUGGACUCUAUCCGAAUUUGGCGGUCGGUGGCCGAAAUUUCCGAGUGCUUCGGCCAGGGCGCCCUGCUCUUUCUCAAUGUCUUACCGGAAAGGACGGCAACUCGACUGUACUCGUCGGGUCAUCGAGUAUCCUGCGACAGGCGCCGGUUACCACCAUUACUCGCCGCGGCGCGCGAACAGUAUCCAGGCAUCCAGCACAUCUGUGACCUGGCUCGGAAGAAUGUGGUGGAGCCGGUCCUCCAGCAGCACAGUCUUCCUGUAACGCCGGCACCAGAGUUGGGCCUUUUGCCGCUCGAAGAGGCGCUGCGGCGAAUUGGGCAGUCAUGA